AUGACAAACCAGGGAGGUCAUUCUGGUCCGGGUCACGGUGGGGGAGCUGGCCACCACCACCACCACGCUCCUCACGCAACGCAUGCCCAGGUUCUCGCACAACACAUGAAUCAGCACGUCGCGCUCAGCAAUGAGGUGACAAAGUUCUUGAAAGUGAAUUUGAAGAUACCAAAAGCCCUUCCCUAUGCUCCUGACCAUAUCCAGCAGCGCACCAGCACCACCUGUGUACCGGACACUGAAUAUGAAUGGAACGAACAGUUCUCUAGACGUCAGCAUCAUCUAUCAAAGGGCUUCUUCACCCCACAGCAAGUCACCUAUGAACCUAUCGGUGACGUUGUGCUUGAGUCACGACAUUUGGUCUUCAAAGUCUUUGCAGAUUGUUUGCCCAAAAAAGUUCAUACAGCAGCUUUCUUUGUUGGGAAUAACAAGUUUGGAUUCACACCACCAAAAACAGCUGAUAAAUCAGAGUUAUCAUCAAAGCCUCGCACUCCUGGAGCAGGAGACAAAUCAUUGAGCGGGAGAGUAUCCCAGUUGAAUGAGGACGGAGUUUCCUCGGCAGGGUACACCUACAUCAAAAAGUACCUCAAAGAAUCGGAAAAGAUCCUAGUGGCUGAGAGAGGAGGGCAGACGUUUGAAAAAUGUGUCCAGAAGUUGGAGGACGCUAAAAAGCAGCACGAAAACACUGGUACCCAGCAGCAUACAGUAACCUUCCGCCCUCCUGCCAACCUGCCUCAGGGAGACGCCAUCUUGGCACUCUCUUCGUCUCAGUACAGUCAAGCGAGGGCAGCAAGUGGGAUGUCCACCGAGUCCAUGAAGAGUGACUCAAGCCUGAAGACAAAGUCUAAAACCCAACCCAUUGAUGAGACCGAUGAUGAAGACGAACUUCUUAGACUGAAUUUCCUCCGUAAUUACAAAGCCAUCACGGAGAAACUUCAAGCAGUCCAUCGGGUGUUGAAUGCACUGCACAAUAUGAAGACUAAAGAUCUAAGAUCGAGGGUGCCCCUCUCCCAUGAGAUGGUCAAGUUCCUCUACCGCCAUGUUCCCUAUGAAAGACCCGCUUACAGUCGACUAGCAAGGACCACUGGACGGCAGAUGUCAGUAGCCGCCCCAAUGGGACUGAUCCAAUCUUCAGACACUGUCAGCUCAAGUGACUUAUAUCCCACUGCUGCCACCAAUAUGAGCUCCAAUAAGUGGACCUCCAAGUCCCACCUGAGCAACAAAUCUAGUGUCAUGUCAAAGCCAAAUGAGUUGCCACCGCUGUCAUCGACACCUGUGCAAUGGAGAAAAUUUCGUCAGAAUUUGCCCUCGUUGCAUCACAAGCCGAGGCCAUCGGACAAGGAACACAGACUGGAGACAUGGGAAGACUUGUUAGCCGUCCCUACUAGCAAUAUGACUGGCAAUCAACAGACACAUAGAUUCAGUGUCCAAGGCCCAGGUCACAUCACUCCACACUCAUUUGGCUUUAAUAAGUGGCCCAACGUUCAACAUCGUCACCAUCCUGACCCUCACCACCAUCAUUCUCACCACCCUCCUCACCAUCACCACCAUCAGACAACAAGUAGACAACCCUAUUGGAUGACUGCAGCAGUUUCAAGUGCAGACAAAGUGAAGAGGAUGGCCCAGUCGUCAGGCAGCGGUUCUCAGAUGGAGUCUCAGGAUCCAGAGAGGACGUUAGAGACACUUAAAGAGAACUUCCAAGAGGUGCAGGAGAAGAUGGCUAGAGAGGCAGUCACAGAUAUCGAGAGGAUGGAGAGAGAGCGCUGCAGAACUUUCCGUCAGAAGUUCUACGCUGCCAAUGAGCAUCCAGUGAUGGAACUGGCUGUCAAACACAUGCGUGAAGCUCCUCAGAUCAGCCGACAACUUGCCAUGGCUGAAGACAGCGACUUGAAAGAAAUUAAGCCUUCAAAAUGGUAUAUUGACUUGAAGGCAGAAGCUGUCAACAUUGCUGGUCCAGAUGACCACAUCAUCCACGACCUACUACAGAAACUUGUAAGAUGGUCCCUCGAAGAUGCCAAGUCCGUCCCUAACGCAAAGGAGAAGCUUUGCCUCUUGGUGAUGUCAAUGCCAGCCAGUGAGCUCCUAACCAUUGCUAUGCAGCAGGCUGUCCAGUUUGUCUUAGAUCAUAUCUUGUGGGCAUCUCAUAACAGUUUCUCUCAGUGGCUGCAUCAUCGCAAGAUACCUCUCAUAACUCAGACUGUAGCCACUAUCCAUUAAAAAUAGCAAAACUAUAGUAUUAUUAUAGGUUUUCGCGGUCAAAUUCAGUAAAUGAGCAGCCAAUUUCAUUUUCAUGCGUUCGAAUUGAAG